AUGUCUUCAUCCAUAAGUUUUGACGAGAUUUUAAUGAAAAAGUUUGUCGAGAAUACUCCGCAAAUCGCGCCGUCGGUGUUGAGCCGUUGGGCUAACGAGCUCUCACUGAACGAGUCGGAUGUUUGGCAUAACUAUCCGGGACUUCCGUUUGCGCUCAAUAUUGAAGCCAACCUUAUUGGAGAGACUCACUUUGUCGAGAAUACUCCGCAAAUCGCGCCGUCGGUGUUGAGCCGUUGGGCUAACGAGCUCUCACUGAACGAGUCGGAUGUUUGGCAUAACUAUCCGGGACUUCCGUUUGCGCUCAAUAUUGAAGCCAACCUUAUUGGAGAGACUCACAGGAUAUGGAUCAACGAGAUCUGGCACUUCACGAUCUAUGUGUCGAUUGUAUAUAUGGUCGUCAUAUUCCUCGGCGCCCAAUACAUGAAGACGAGGCCGGCCUAUAACCUGCGCAAAGCACUGGCCGUGUGGUCGGCCUCAUUGGCCGUGUUCUCUAUCGUGGGCACCAUUAGGUGUUUGCCAGAGUUCGUGCACAUCCUAUACAACCGGGGGUUCAUUGAGUCGUUUUGUGACAACUCCUACAAAGACGACAGUCGACUCGUGUUCUGGUAUUUGGUGUUC